AUAUCUGAGGGAAAAAAGGGAAGUGUGGCGACAUAGGAGCAAGGCGGCGCUAGCCGCGCUACGGCCCGAGAUUUGGCAGCCAUUGCAACUAAAGAGCAGAAGCAGCCAUCCUCCAUAUCAUUCGGUUCAAUUAUUUUUCACUUCUCAGGUCGAGAUGGUGAGCCAUCUCAAGCAAAAAAUCACCGGUGACAUCUGCAGGGGGAUUUCUAAUCAAGCGAGGACAGAGCUCAUUAGAGACAACGACGUCACAACGGGAGCCUCUGCUGAUCAGCGGCGGAUCGAAUCGACCUCAGAUCUGCGAACCAGAGGCUAUUCACAGCCCAUAUGCGAUGUGCCACGACGAAAGGUCCUUCUUGGAGACGCCGACCAGACUCUGAGCCCUACUACGAUGGCUGUAUCAGAAAUCAAAGCAACCAGACGAGGUCCUCCCUACCUGCAACGGAGAGGAUUGAAUAACAAUGAUGGCAGAGAGUAUCAGCGAGCACACAGGCGGCGAAAACUCUUGUACAGCGGCCGGACAUAUCUAGGUUCAGACGGGACAGGACAACCCAACGACACCUAGGUGAUGAUAGAAUUGGAUGGAAGAUUGUUCAGCGACAAUCUGGACAUCACUGUUUCAUUAAGGGGCAGCAAGUCAGCAAAGGCUUUUUGCGAGGGAGGCCCUCAUUUUCUGCAGCCGCUAGGCAGUCCGCCAUUAAUUGGUUUCCAAUUUCUCGACAUAAGCAGAGAGCGGCUCCUUGGACUACUGCGCGAGGUAAUUGGACUAAGCAGAUAAGACCCACUUCGAAGAAUGAACUGCGUGAUAAGCAAUGGAGAAAUGCUAGGUAUGAUCCUUUUCUCCGGACAACAGAUGGGCUUGAAAUCUCUAUUGAAAGCAAAUUUUUUUGUUUCCAUAUUGUUAAUUGCAAUGCUAUUAAUAUAUCGGAAUCAAAACAUGGAAUUUCUUCUACCAUUGGGUUUGAUAUUGAAAGAAUCACUUGGCUAAGGGACUCCAUUACCAAACUCUUAUCUGACAAUUGGUCCUGCACCAAAUUUGAGAUGAAAAAGUCAUUUUCUGUUAUCCAUGAUGCAAAUUCUUUUGGUGGUUUCUUCCGUAUCAAUGAGAAGGGUGGCGAUUCUUUAUUUGUUCCAGAGGGAAGAAAUGGACAAGGGAUUAAACUUUUUCUCACAGGGAUUAUUAGAGCGCUUACUUUGAUGAAAGCAAUUGAUAUCAAACACCCACCUUUGCUACUUGAACAUGUUUCAGGAAAGAGUUAUAAUUUUGAGUGGGAUCUUGUUACCAUGGAUAGGGAUCUCUCCCAUCAAAAUGAGCUAUCAAUCUCUGGAACCCUUUUACAAGUUCAUGUUGAACACUCUCACCAACCUUUGGUAUUGAGUUGUAUUGAGGAUUUAUGCCCUAAUCUUAUACCUGAGAUUGAUUCAUCAUUAACUCAUGUUAAGGAUUUCUUUCAAAACACUAUGUCUCGGGGUGGAGUCACUUUCUAAAUUUUUAAUCAAAGAGUUUGAAAGAAUUCUUGCAUCCUCUUUCGAUGACCGCAACAUUUUAAAAAAGAGACCUGCUGAUGAAGAGAAAGUUAUUGAUUGUACACCCUCACAUAUCGUUCGUUCAAGGGAUGUUUUUUCAGGUAAUCCGAGUUCUAAAGACUUUGACUGUGAAGGGUUUUUUGAAGAGCAAUACAUUGCACACUCGGGGGAUGAUUUUCUAGGUCAUGCAUCUGAGAGUGAAAAGAGAGCCCCCAUUUCUUCGAAGGAGGAUCUUUGGGACACUGAUGCGAAUCAUGAUAUCUGCAACAAAGCUUUGUUGGUAACUAGAGAUAACUGUCUGCCUACAGAGAAUUUGAACACACAAAUUAAGAUGUACAGGAAGAGGUAUUAGCGGUCGCAUGGUAUGAGGACUAGAUCUCAAUCACGUAUGGAUUAUUGACUUCUUGACUGAACCUCAGGGUUUUGGGAGUUUUUUUUUUGUGUGUACUUUGGGUUGGGCUAUUCUCCCUUUUUUUUAGGUUCUCUUACUUUUCUCUUUCUCAUUUCCUUUCUUGUAAUGUUUUACUUUCUAUUAAUAAACGUUUCUUUUAGCUAAAAAAAAACACAAUUCAAG